AAGCCACACCUCAAGCUAGUAAAAGCAUCAAGAAUAACAAAAAUAGGAUGAGAAAUGAAUCCCACAGUUCAUCACAAAACCAUGUGUCUACUAAACAUGAGGAAGAUUAUGACGACCAGGACGGUCCUGAAGAUCACCACCAGGCUCAUGAAAGGGUUAAAGCAAUAUAUUCAAGUCCUUUCUCACCUCAUACACCCUAUUCUAGUGAAAGAUCAUGGACAUCACAAAGAUUGGUUUUCAAAAGCGAUUGCAUAACGCCUCCAGCACGGGGAAGACUGGAACAUCGUCCUCCAUAUCAGUAUGAAAUGAGGAGUCAUAGUGCUGGGCGGGAUUCUCAGCCUGUCCUUGUUCCUGGACAAGGAAUAAGAUACAUUCGUAGUCGGUCUCAAUCACCACAUAUACUUCGACAAAGAAUGCCACGACCUCGUUAUUCAAAACAAGAUCUAGAAAUGAUAAGAGCCAUUCAACGGGGAAUGGAAAAACGACAACGUGCUGUGAGACUCUCUUAUUUUAAUACUGCAUCUGUGGAUAAUUUAAACUGGGAAAUGUAG